AUGUCACCAAAAUCCUCAAAUACAACGUCCUUUUCAUCCAUAUUGACUUCUCCUAGAGAAGAGGAUACACCAGUCGCUCGCCUAUUAAGAAAUGCAAAUGAGACACCAGAUCAUCGUUUUAUCUAUGUGUACAAUGAAUACGGAGUUGUCGCUGAGUAUACAUAUAAAGAAUUACUUCGUCGUGUUAAUGCAGUCGCUAAAUUCUGCAAUGAUCUUUGCUUGGGGAAAACGGUUGGAAUUCAUAUGGGUCAUGAAUUAGAUUUUCUAAGUACUAUCUUUGCUUUGUGGGCUACUGGACGAACUUGCGUCAUUUUUAAUCAUAUCUGGUCCCAAGGGGUUGUUCAUGCUCUUGUUCAACGUUUAGAUAUUUCUGACUUGCUUUAUCAUGAAUAUGCGCCUGCCUUUCAGGUGGAUUCUUUGAACGUCAUUUCCUUUGCUUGCCUCCAGACGGACCUUAACGUUCCUUGCAUUCGUGCUGGGUUGGAACCAGAAGUAGCACUUAUCAAUCAUUCCAGUGGAUCUACUGGUGUUCCUAAAUCAAUGCCAUUUCUCAUGAAAAAAUAUGCUUUCGGUUAUGACUAUGGAACUCCAGAGUUCAUGAAUCAUCUUUCCACGCCAAUGGUAAUGGCUCCCAGCUUUGCUUUAACGACAAUGAGCUGGCUUAAUGCCUUUUACUGUAAUGGGAGCUUACUGUAUCCAUCUUCCUCAAUAUCGUCUAAUUUUAUUUCUACUUCAGAAGUAGAACAACUAGCUUGGAAUGUCUAUUAUGCUCUUCGUGCCGGAUGCGAACGCUUGAUUAUUUUGCCCAAUCUCCUUAUUCUAACUCUUCAAAUAAUGCCUGAUAAGUCUGAAUCAUUUCCUUCUUGUAAGCUAGUUGUUGCCGGCGGCGAAAUGGUCCCUGCAAACAUGUACCAUAUAUGCAAACGAGUCUUGCCAAAUGCGAUCAUUUACCCACAAUAUGGUACCACUGAAUCAGGAUUAGUUUCGUUUUUUGCUCCUAAUGGAGAAGAUACAUUGCAUAGCAAAGAACUUGUCUACUUCCCCGGAAAAACAGUUAACAAACUUUUAUUGCUUACAGAAAAUAAUGAACCUGUCCUUGAAAAAAUUGGCCGUGAGGGUUUUGUCUGUGUCGUGACCGACGUGCAAUCGGAGCCUUAUGUAGGCGGCGAUACCGAAACCGUUCAGUCUCGAGAUUCUACAUUUAUAGAUUUCCAUGGUGAGCCAGCAAUACGGUUUGCUGACUUGGCCGUUUGGAACUCGUAUAAAGGAAAGUUGGGUAUCACUAUCAAAGGUCGAGUGGGGAGACGUGUCAAGAGAAAUGGUAUUUUCUUUGAUUUACAAUACUUUGACCAAGUAGCCUUAGGUCUAAAGGACGUUGAAGCUUCUUUUUCCUUCUUUAUAUUGAAUCGAUUUGUAUUGGCAUACGUUCCUGCCUAUGAUGGCGUAGAUCCUGCAUUACUAAAGGAGAUAUUGAAUAAAGAGCUUCGGAAUCCGAAUCUUUUCUCUAAAUGUUUUCCAUUUACAGAUAUACCACAUACUGCCGCUGGAAAAGUAGACCUAAAGUCUAUCGAAGCUUAUGCAUCUAAGUGUCUUUACGUAGAAGACCAACGGUUACCUAUUUUAUCAAAUCCUUUGGCCAUUGAAAUUAGCAAAAUUGCUGCAAAAGUUCUUCAAAAUCCAACGUUGGAAGGAAAGGAUGCAUCUCUUUAUUCUUGUGGCUUAGAUUCCAUUCAUUCUUUUCAGCUUAAAGGUUCAGUUAGUUCUGUUAUGGAUUCGAAUUGUACGCCUAGCUCAUUAGCUUCUGUUAUUCAAGAGAAGAGUUUGAAUUUAUCGAAAAUUACCUACGGGCUUCUUCACGAAGAUGCAUGCGCUUUAGCACGAACCAUUCCCAUGUUAACUAUUAUGCAUACUAAUGGUCAAUACGUUUUGCUAACUGGGGCGACAGGUUACUUUGGUCGUCGGUUUUUGGAGUAUCUACUUAAAAUAAAUAUGAGUGUUGUAUGUCUGAUACGAGAUUCUUCUGAUAAAGCUGCUGAAGAACGAUUAACAUCACUUGUUCCAAGUUUUCGAAUUUCUGGUAAAAAAUUAAUUGUAUGGGCAGCUCAUUUAGAGGAGACAAGGUUUGGUUUGGAUAAUUCAAAAUGGAAUUUUCUCAUAGAAAAUGUUUCUUGCAUCUAUCACAUGGGAGCUGAAGUUCACUGGAUGAAAUCGUAUCAAGAACUUAGACCAGUGAAUGUCCUGGGAACGAAAACUAUUUUAGAGCUGAGUGUAAUGGGUCCAAAGGCGCUUUACUUUAUUUCAGGAGGUGGACAACAAGAAAUAGAGUUUGACGAUCGCAUAGAGUCUACUAAAGCAUCUGGUUAUGCACUAUCUAAAUUCGUUUCUGAGAUUUUGUGUAAAAAAGUAAAGGAUUUAGGCCAUCCUUCAAUAUAUGUUAUUCGUCCAGGAUUUAUCAUAGCAAGCGAUGGAGGGAUCCUAUCUAGAGAUUUCUUUUGGCGUUUCGUCGUAUCAGCAUUACGAAUGGGUGCUUUCCCCCAGUACAGUGAAUCUCAACCUCUGCUCUUUCGUAUUUCUACCACAAAUGCAUUGUGUGUAGCGUUGACUCAGAUAAUGGAGAAACAAGCUGAUGGGUAUGCUCCUCUGCUUGCAUACGAUACUUUUGACGGUAACGAAUUUGCCCGAAUUUGUAAAUCCUUGAAGAAAAAAAAGCUUAAGUUUGUCUCACUGGAGGGAUGGCUAAAAGCGCUUGAAAAGGAUAUUGAUGAAGAAGGAGAAGAUCAUCCUUUGUUUACCCUUCAGCAAACAACUAAAUUUGCUUUAGAAAGUGGUUUGAUACCAAACAAGGGACUGAAGAAUAUCUAUCCUUUGGGUGAAACAUUCCUAACGAAGGAGGCGAUCGCAAGUGGGUUGGACAAUUUGUACAUUGAAUAG